AAAAUUGGUCAUAAAAAUAUAAUUGCGGGAUUGAAAUUGAAGUGUUUACCUUAAUUUAAAAUUUAGAACAAGUCUAUAACAUUAAUUUUUCAAAAGCAAUAGCAAUGAGGUCUCGAGUAGUGAGAGAUGCAGUUGUGUACCGUGACCAUGUUCAAGCAAUCAAAUCUGGUUUUGCAUCAACUGUUUUCACUUGUAAUCAAUUGAUUCACCUUUAUAACAAACAUGGUUUCUUGCAAGAUGCCCACAAACUGUUCGAUGAAAUGCCCCACCGAAAUGUCUACUCUUGGAACGCCCUUAUUAUGGCUUACAUAAAAGCACACAACUUGACACAAGCACGAGCCAUUUUCGAUUCAGCCUCUCAUAAAGAUUUGGUUUCAUAUAAUUCCAUGUUGUCAGCUUAUGUUGGUGCUGACGGACACGAGACCGAGGCACUUGAUUUGUUUAAUAGAAUGCAAUCUGCGCGUGACACAAUUGGGAUUGACGAGUUCACUCUCACAACCAUGCUUAACCUUGCUUCCAAGCUACAUGUAGUGUGUUAUGGGAAGCAGAUGCAUUCUCAUAUGGUGAAAACUGCAAAUGAUUUAAGCAAGUUUGCGUCGAGUUCUCUCAUUAACAUGUACUCUAAAUGUGGUUUGUUUCUUGAAGCGUGCAAUGUGCUUAGUGGUUGUGAUGGGGUGGUGGACUUGGUUUCAAAGAAUGCAAUGGUUGCUGCUUGUUGUAGGGAAGGAAAGAUGGACAUGGCUUUGAAUGUGUUUUGGAAAACUUCUGAGGUUAAUGAUACUGUGUCAUGGAAUACAUUGAUUGCAGGAUAUGCCCAGAAUGGCUAUAUGGAUAAAGCACUUGACUUGUUUGUUGAGAUGACUGAAAGACAUAUUAGAUAUGAUGAGCAUACUUUAGCUAGUGUAUUAAGCGCCUGCUCUGGCCUAAAAUAUUUGAAACUUGGCAAGUGCAUCCAUGCGUGGGUGUUGAAAAAUGACUUCAGUACAAAUCAAUUCAUUAGCAGCGGUGUUGUAGACUUAUACUGUAAGUGUGGGAAUAUUAGGUAUGCGGAGUCAGUGUAUGAAAGAAUUGGUAUUAAAAGCCAAUUUGAAGUUGCUUCGUUGAUUGUAGGCUAUUCCUCUCAAGGCAACAUGGCAAAAGCCCAAAGGCUUUUUGAUACUCUAUCGGAAAGAAAUUAUGUUGUUUGGACAGCUCUAUGUUCCGGCUAUGCCAAAUCACAACAAUGCGAGGAAGUCUUCAAACUUUUCAGAGAGUUUAUAACUACCGAAGCACUAAUUCCUGACUCAAUGAUCAUCGUCAUCGUGCUCUGUGCCUGUGCAACACAAGCCGCCCUUUGUUUGGGAAAGCAGAUUCAUACUUACAUCUUGAGAACGGGACUUAAUAUGGAUAAAAAAAUGCUGAGUGCCAUGGUUGAUAUGUACUCCAAAUGUGGUAAUAUCAUGUACGCCAAGAAAAGCUUCCAACUAAUGACCGAUAAGGAUAGAGAUGCAAUCUUAUAUAAUGUAAUGAUAGCUGGUUAUGCUCAUCAUGGUUUUGAAAAUAAAGCUAUUCAACUAUUUCGGGACAUGUUGAAGAAAAGUGUCAAGCCAGAUGCAGUCACUUUUGUAGCGCUUCUAUCUGCUUGUCGGCACCGUGGACUAGUAGAACAAGGAGAGACUUUGUUUAUUUCUAUGCAAGAAGAUUACAAUGUAUUGCCCGAGAUAUACCACUAUGCAUGUAUGGUUGAUAUGUAUGGAAGGGCGAAUCAACUAGAGAAGGCAGUAGAAUUCAUAAGGAAGAUUCCCGUACAGAUAGAUGCAACAAUUUGGGGAGCAUUUCUUAAUGCUUGUCAGAUAAAUAAUAAUACAUCCCUUGUCAACCUGGCAGAAGAGAAACUGUUAAAAGUUGAGUCUCAUAAUGGGUCUCGGUAUGUGCAAUUGGCCAAUGUCUAUGCUACUGAGGGAAAGUGGGAUGAGAUGGGAAGAAUAAGGAAGAAAAUGAGAGUGAAGGAGGCAAAAAAGGUUGCUGGUUGCAGUUGGAUAUAUGUAGAAAAUGGUAUUCAUGCGUUUACUUCUGGUGAUAAAUCUCAUGCAAAAGCAGAUGCAAUAUAUUCAACUUUGUUGUGUCUGAAUAGGGAUAGAGCUGAAGCAAUUUCAUGAAAUUUGGGGGUAAUGUUGUGAAAACAUAUUGUGAUACUCAUUUAGCCAAUGAUGCUAAACAUUUUUAAAUCAAAAAGUAUUUUACCAUGUGGGAAUCAUAAGAUCACCAUUCGAUGCAACAUGCUUAUGGAUACCAUUGUAGCCGAAAUUGAAUAUGUUGUCCAUCUGCGCUUUGGUACUACUAUGAAAAUGCGCUUUGGUACUACUAUGAAAAUGAUUGGAUGGCUACACCUUUUCAUGAACUCUCAAUGGGAAAAGGAGUAAGAAAGUUUUGAGAAGCUGAGACUCCUAUAUCGUUAAGCCAACCUAAACAUAGACUCUUCAUAGAUAUCCAAUUUAUGGUCCAUUGCGUCUCUGGAAUUGUAGGAAUGAAUAUUGUUGUAGAUAGAUAUCUUGGCAAAUGGUGUAAACAAGCUGACACAGAACAUUAAGUUGACAAUAUGAGUUAUACUUUCGCUAUCAGGAGGCAUGCAAACUUUUAUGGAGACACAUAUAGAAAAGCUGCCUUAUUCCUUUCAAAGUGAAGGUCUGUUAAAUAAUAAGUUCUUUGGCACUGAUUCAAUUCAGAAAAGGCUUCAGUCUAUAUGAUCCAUAAUGUCUCGUAUUUGGUGACUUAUGGAACAUGAAGGACUGAGACUAACACUCAGUAAUUAGAAAUUUAUGAAAGUUUUGUGGUGUAUCCACCUUUAAGCAAGUUGGUGCUAUGUGAGUGAUUUUGAACAUGCAAGUGGAAACAUAAGAGCUUGCUCCGAUUGUUAUUGGUGGGUUUGUUUACAAGCACGUUGAGGAUCCAGGAGAUAGUCAGCUCCUUCAUUCUUGUUGUUGGUUGAUUUUAUCAUUUUGUUGUUCCUGUUGAUUUGCUCUUCUGCUGUUCAUUUGGCCUUCUGCUGCUUGUAAGAGUCUUACAGUAAGACAUUCUGCAGGCAUAAAGUUUCAGAUACCACCCAUAAUGUCAAGCCAGGAAUUCUUCAUCUAUACAUGUUUUUGAAGGGCUUGUAAAAAAUACAUGUUUCUGGAUAUAUUUUGAUACGUUUUAUUGUUUUA